AUUGGGGAAGUGGGCUGGGCGCGCAGCUCGCAGGGUGCAGCCCCAGCACGCAGGUCGGCCCAGCGCCAGUCAGUGGACAGCUCGGUGCGCCGCGGCGUCUCCUCGCUCGUCUCCCGGUGCCUUUCCCGCAGCUCCCGGCCGGAGGAUGGUGGGCGCGGGGCUGGCGCUGGCGCUGUGCGCGCUGCAGCUCUGCCCGUCCGCGCUCGGCGCGGCCCGCCCGCAGCUGCUGGUGCAGCGCAGCGGCUCCCGCAGGCUCAGCACGGUUGGUGGCUUUGCCUGGGAGAACUGUGGUGACAAGAGUGACCCCGUGGUGCUGCAGAGCCUGUCUGUGGCACCCGACCCCAUCAGCAUCCCGGGCAGCCUGCGUGUCAGCGCGGCCGUCAGCAGCAGCAAGGCCAUGGCCUCCCCUCUGAAGGCGGUGCUGGUGGUGGAGAAGGCGCUGGGCGACCUCUGGAUCCAGUUGCCCUGCAUCGACCAGCUGGGCAGCUGCACCUACAAUGACGUGUGCACCAUUCUUGAUGACCUCAUCCCGCCUGGCACACCCUGCCCAGAGCCCCUGCUCACCUAUGGCAUCCCCUGCCACUGCCCCUUCAAAGCGGGCUCCUACUCCUUGCCAGCCAGUGACUUUGACCUGCCUGACGUGGAGCUGCCUUCCUGGAUGACCAAUGGCAACUACCGCGUCCGGGUGGCUGUCAGUAGUGGCGGAGAGGAGCUCAGCUGUGUCAAGCUGGCCUUCUCCCUGCAGUCUCACUGAGGGACAGGAGACUGUCCCUCCUCUCCCCACCACCUUGGUCCCCUGUCCCAUCCCAUCCAGUUGUACCCUAUCCCACCCCAACCCCUCCCUGCGAGGGGCAUCUCUCCCCUGCUGCACACAGAAGGCCCCUCUGGCUGUCCUGCUGUCUCCAACUCCAUUGCCAAGGUGUCUCCUGUCCUGGACAGGGUGGCUUUGGAGCCUAACCCCAGCCUGUCAGUGUGACUUGGAGGUGGUAAUUUUUUAUCUGGUUUCUGGGAUUCUUUCUGGCAAUUUUAGACAAAAACAUUCCAGGGAAAAGCAGUAUCUUUUGGAGCAGUCCGUAGGGAGGAGGGAGUGUUUGGGAGUGCUGGCUCAGGCAGAAUUAGCUGUGGAGGGUGUCCUCACUUGCCCCCACCACCUCUGGCCAGACCACAGGGCUGUUUUGCAGAAGUGUCCCCAGACAGGAGCCUGGUUCCCCCAUGGCAGCUCUGGCUCUGCCUUUGGUGCAUCCCUGUCCUGCACACGGGACCAACUUCGUGACACAAGGCACCCGUGAGGGCAUCUUCUGUUCCCCUCCUGCAAUAAACAUCACAAGCACAAGAGGACUGAAACCACCUGUGCUCCAGACAGGCCUUUUAAUUCAUGAGGGACCAAGUGGCUGGUGCUGCACUCAGGAGCAGGAGAGGUGACCAAAGCCUGGCUGCGCUGGCUCUUCAUGGGGAGUCACAGCUGUGGUGGGCAGCUGGGGCACAGCCUGCCUGAGUCCUCAUCUCAUUUUGUCACUAGGACUGAGCUGAGGCAGGACGUUACACUGGGAUGAUCCUUCCCAUGCCUCAGCACAGAGCAGCAUCCUAGGCAUGGGAUGGACUGGGAGACUGUCUUAAAGACCAGCAGGCCAGGUCCGAUUUGGGGGCUCUGCAGCCCCUGCUUGUGGCUGGGGGCUGUGGCAUGGGCAGGCAGCAUCCUGCAGCAGGGCCAGCGUGUGCCAGGCCCCUGCAAGGCAGAGGUGCAGGUGACGCACCAGCUGCCCACAUCCCUUACCUGCUCGCAUUGUUUAGCCCCUCUGUCAGGCUGAUCUGCCUCCAAGCACUGUAUACGCCUUAACUUCUGCCGGGCUGCCCAUGUGGGAAGCACUGUGCCACACACACGUGGUCCCUCCACCUUUGUGCACUCUUCUUGCUCAGUUCCCUCUUGCCAUGGGGACAGACUGGGGCUGGCUUUACCUAGAGAAGCACUAACUGUGUCCCCUGCUCGCUGCCGGUGUGCAGCUCCAUGCUGCAGAUUGUUAAUAAAGAGAUGUUUUUACCAGGAA